CGAAGGAGCGAGCCCGCGCCUGAUCCAGUCCGGUCCGACGCCGCCAUGCGGGACUCGAGCAGGAUUCUGUGGCUGCUCCUGUCCCUGCGCACCGCGCUUGGUGAGAUGGAAGUGCGGUGGUGCACCAUCUCAGACCCAGAGCAGCAGAAAUGCAGUGACAUGAGCAAGGCCUUCCAGGAAGCCAGGAUCCAGCCCUCCAUCCUCUGCAUCCAGGGAACCUCCACUGACCACUGUGUCCAGCUCAUCUCGGACAGAGAAGCUGAUACCAUCACCUUGGAUGGAGGAGCCAUUUAUGAGGCAGGGAAGGAACACGGCCUGAAGCCAGUGGUGGGUGAAGUAUAUGAUCAAGAGGUUGGGACCUCCUAUUACGCUGUGGCUGUGGUCAAGAGGAAUUCCAAUGUGACCAUCAACACCAUGAAGGGUAUGAAGUCCUGUCACACGGGCAUCAACCGGACAGUUGGCUGGAAUGUGCCUGUGGGUUACCUGGUAGAAAGCGGACGCCUCUCAGUGAUGGGCUGCGACGUGCUCAAAGCUGUCAGUGACUAUUUUGGGGGCAGCUGCGUCCCUGGCGCAGGAGAAACCAGUUACUCCCAAUCCCUCUGUCACCUCUGCCGAGGUGACACCUCUGGACAAGGUGUGUGUGACAAGAGCCCCCUGGAGAGAUACUACGACUACAGUGGGGCCUUCCGGUGUGUAGCAGAAGGAGCAGGUGACGUAGCCUUUGUGAAGCAUAGCACAGUGCUGGAAAACACUGAUGGGAAAACCCUGCCCUCCUGGGGCCAGACACUACUGUCACAGGACUUCCAGCUUCUGUGCCGGGAUGGCAGCCGGGCAGAAGUCACAGAGUGGAGGCGAUGCCACCUGGCCCGGGUUCCUGCACACGCUGUGGUGGUCCGGGCUGACAUGGAUGGGGGCCUCAUCUUCCGACUGCUCAAUGAGGGCCAGCUUCUGUUCAGCCAUGAGGGUAGCAGUUUCCAGAUGUUCAGCUCUGAGGCCUACGGGCAAAAAAACCUGCUGUUCAAGGAUUCUACCUUGGAGCUCGUGCCCAUCGCCACACAGAACUACGAGGCUUGGCUGGGCCAGGAGUACCUGCAUGCCAUGAAGGGUCUGCUCUGUGACCCCAACUGGCUGCCCCACUACCUGCGCUGGUGUGUGCUGUCCACACCAGAGAUCCAGAAGUGUGGAGACAUGGCUGUGGCCUUCAGCCGGCAGAGACUGAAGCCAGAGAUCCAGUGCGUGUCAGCUGAGUCCCCCAAGCACUGCAUGGAGCAGAUCCAGGCUGGACACAUCGAUGCUGUGACCCUCAGAGGCGAGGACAUUUACACAGCAGGGAAGAUGUAUGGUCUGGUUCCGGCAGCUGGGGAACUCUAUGCUGAGGAGGACAUGAGCAACUCCUACUUCAUGGUGGCUGUAGUGAGGCGGGACAGCUCCUAUGCCUUCACUCUGGAUGAGCUCCGUGGCAAGCAUUCCUGCCACCCAGGCUUCGGCAGCCCUGCGGGCUGGGAUGUGCCUGUGGGCACCCUCAUCCAGAGGGGCUUCAUCCGGCCCAAGGACUGUGACGUCCUCACAGCGGUGAGCGAGUUCUUCAAUGCCAGCUGUGUACCUGUAAACAACCCCCAAAACUACCCUUCCUCUCUGUGCACGCUCUGUGUGGGAGAUGAGCUGGGCCGCAACAAGUGUGUGGGAAGCAGCCAGGAGAGGUACUACGGCUACAGCGGAGCCUUCAGGUGCCUGGUGGAGAAGGCAGGGGACGUGGCCUUCGUCAAACACACGACUGUCUUUGAGAACACCAAUGGCCACAAUCCUGAGCCCUGGGCUGCCCAGCUCCGGUGGCAGGACUAUGAGCUCCUGUGUCCCAAUGGGGCACGGGCUGAAGUGGGCCAGUUUGAAGCCUGCAACCUGGCACAGAUGCCAUCCCAUGCUGUCAUGGUCCGUCCAGAUACCAACAUCUUCACUGUGUAUGGACUGCUGGACAAGGCCCAGGACCUCUUUGGAGAUGAUCACAACAAGAAUGGGUUCCAAAUGUUCGACUCCUCCAAAUACCACAGCCAAGACCUGCUUUUCAAAGAUGCUACAAUUCGGGCAGUGCCUGUUGGGGAGAAAACCACAUACCUAGACUGGCUGGGGCCUGACUACGUGGCAGCUCUGGAGGGACUGUUGUCUCAGCAGUGCUCAGCCGCCGUGGUGCCCCGGGUGCCCCUGCUGCUACUGCUCCUGCUGGCCCUGGCUGCGGGCCUCCUCCCGCGGGCCCUUUGAGCGGCGGCUGCAGGCUGGAGCCCUCGGAAUGGAACCCUGCGGAGUACCACAGAUGAAGCCGGGCCCUUAGGAGAUGGGCUAACGCUGCUGAGGGCGCGGGACGGGAGAGGAUCUGCGAGGACCACGCGUCCAGCCCCCAGGAUGUGUGAUUCUAACCCAAAGAAAAGUUUCUGGAAUCAAGAUGAUUGUUAAAGCCAAGUCACCCCACCUGCCUGCGCCCUGGGUACCUGAGGCGGCUGGCACUCGGCCCAGUCACAUCGCCCACACUGGCGGCGCUGCCAGGGAACCUGUGCCUCCCACCUGGAGCCUCUAGGCUAGCUGGAGAAAGAGGCCGGUUGCCAGAGCAACCAUAAAGCGGCUUCCCACACCGGCCUCUGUGCAGGCUUCCUGGGGAGGUGCUCAGGCAGGCGUCCACUGCCUCCCCAGAGGGCCUCAGCCACACGCUCUCUCCCACCUCUGCUGAGGACGCUCAUCCAAAGCUCAGGCCCAAGCCCUCAGAGGCGAUAGGGCUGUUGAGCACCGCAGCCUUUGUCCUUGUCUUCUGUGGCUCCAAGGCCCCCCAACCCACUGAACAGCAGAUUCUGCCAGGCAUGGACUGUACAGAUAAAAUCCUCCAGAAACCCUCAAAGGAGGGAAACGCAUCUCAGUAGGAAUGUUAGUGAUGCCGGGUGUGGACGAUCCUGCCUAACAGCCCUGUUUGAAGGAUGUGUCCUGCCUUGCCUGAAUUUCACUCUACAGUGAGUGGCUCAGCUGGAAUUCACUUUCCUUUCCUCCUUUGGGUUCUGUCUCAACAUUAUCUUCUUUCCAGCCUCACAAGUCCCCACCCCCACCCCCCAAACCUACUCCCUGACACCUGUCAGUCUGAAGGAGCAGGAGGUAGUUGCCUAGGAUCAGAGCAGCAAGAGGCCCACUGAUGAGCUGGGCCUGAGGACAUGCCACAGGCCCAGGGUAUUGGGAGAAGUCCUAUCUUCCUCCCUGACCCCUGCACCUACUGGCCCUAAGGACUAGACCAGUGGAAGGGUCACUGCUUCCUGCCCCCUGUCAGAGUCCACAGAAAGCCUGGGGAAUACCCUCUCCACCCCAUUUUGCCACUGUUCUCUGAAGAGCCAGAAAGUUUCCAAAACUGCCAGCUCUUACUCCAAAUUUUGUUCCUCUGAAAAUAAUAAAGAAAAAGAAAGAGAAGAAAUAGGAGCAAGCAGCCCGUCAGCAGACUGGGGGCCGCGUGGGCCUGGAGCUAUUUGUGUCCUGAUGUGUGGGGGACUUGGAAUUCUGAUGACAGGCCAGUUUCCAGUGGCUCGCCCCCACCAGUGGGCACCCAGGGAGGCCCUGGUGGCAGUUGCCCCACCAGAGCAUGUCAUACUGAGGACUCUUGGUCACCAUGCUGGGGUAGCCUUCAUACCACUGCCUGGGUGACAAGUUCUGUCUGCACCCUCUUCACAGGCAGAAUCAUUGAUUCUUCUCUGACCUGGUGAUUGAUUUUUAAAGGGAGAUUCGUGCAGUGAGACGUGUAUUUCUAUAGGGCUACCCUGGGCUCAUGUGUUACCCAGAGAGUGACAUCUAUGCUGUGUGCCUUUUGGGUGUGACUUUUAUGAGUGCUGUGUAAGUGACGUCUGAUUGUCAGGGGCCACCUCUGUGUAAGUGCUAAUGAAAGAUUGCUGGCUUAUUUCUAAAUAAAGUCAAACAGCCCUACA